AUGGUACAAUCCGAGACAGACGACCUAGCAGCCGUUCUGGUGACACUCGCAGUAUCGUGCGUUGCGUAUCUUCGCAACUUCUUUGACGAGGUCCAUUUUGAGGACAGCAAGGUGUUUGACGGGACAGAUUCGCUUAACGUGAAAAUCCUCAAAAGGGGCAUCUCGUGCAGAGCAGAUCUGCUCAACGACUGGAUGGACAGUGUGGUUGCAGCAGUUGUGUCCAGAAAAGUGUCUGCCUUCUGUUUUUACGUCAGACCCGACCCCGCCCAUAACUCCUUCAUCGAGUCCUACUUUUUCGAGAUCGACUACAGAACCAGAUCCCACCAGGACGAUGGCUCCCAAUUAUACCAUAUACUGAGGAGACUGAUUGCUUUCGUCCAACACCUUCACGAGCUGCCCCCGGACCGCUACUUAUCGCUCAGUCUUGUCUCCAACGACGAAACGGCCGUUGCUCCCCUGUUCGAGGCCUGCGACAGUCCGUGUGUGACAGGCAUCGACGAGUCGUUCGAGAUGGAAAACUGCGGCACGCUCCAUACCCAGGGCAAUGCCAUUGUCCUCAGAGUGGUAGCAGGCAACGCAGAAGCACUCAACGCAAAGGACGGGUGUAUUCCCAUGGAUCCUCUGGCUUACACGGACCUGGAGCCGUCGCAAACGGCUCUCGAGCUGAGAAAUGCGGCCGUGUCGCGGUACGGCGACACGCAAGAUGACCUUGUCGGCGAGGCUUUUCAAACGCAAACUUCGUCAACGCUGGAAAAACCGUCCUCGUCGCUGGACACCACCUGCUACUCGGCAGAGUCGAAAUAA